CCCCCUCCUUUCCCCAAGGUCUCACCCCCAACUCAGCCACUAUAAAAAGUGUGCUCUCCCUACACUUGUUCAGUCCCUCCAAAGACCAACACCACCAGACCACCAUAAUGAAGUUUGUGGCUCUUGCUCUUGCGCUCCUGCUGGCCGUUGGCUCCCAGGCGGCCUCCCUGCAGGCUGAUGCAAGCAGCCCUUCUGAGCUGGAACACGUCAGGUCCGUUGUCGGUAUCUACCUGGGCCAGGUGAAGCAAAGCGCCCUCAGACUCUUGAACCACCUCGAUGGAACUGAGUAUGAGGCGUAUAAGUCAAAGCUGUCUGGAAGACUGGACGACCUGCAGAACCAGCUCCAGACUGCCCAGGCUGUCGCCGCCCCUUACACCGACGCCGUCUUUACACAGAUGAAGGAUGCCACUGCUGCCGUGCGUGAGUCCAUCAUGGCCGACUUUGAAAGUCUGCGCAAAGAGUUGGAGCCCCAGCGUACUAAACUGAGAGAGGUUGUUGAUGGGCACAUAGUGGAGUACCGCAAGAAGCUGGAGCCCAUCUACACCGAGUACUCAGAAAGUCACAGACAAGAGAUUGAAAGGCUGAGGUCCAAAGUUGAGCCCAUGAUGGAUGAGCUGCGCGCCAAAGUAGCCCAGAACGUGGAGGAGACCAAGAAUGCGCUGAUGCCCAUGGUGGAGACUGUGCGUGCCAAGGUGACUGAGCGCCUGGAGGUCCUGAGGGGAGAGGUUGCCCCCUAUAUGACCGAGUACAAGGACCACCUGACCGGUGUUUUCAAUCAGCUAAAGAAUGAAGGUGGCAACCUGGACAUCGAAACCAUCAAGACCGAGAUGGCCCCCCGCAUGACUGCCCUGAAGGAGAAGGCUGAUAUCCUGGUCGAGGAGGUCAAGACUCAGCUCUUAGCUAUGUACGAGUCCAUCUCCGCCAAUUUCAACAAGAACUAAACCCUCGUAAUGCUCUUCCUUCAACUAACCUCACUGUACUCCCCCACCGUUCAACCCUUAUGUCCAUUCUCUUUCUUUAACACACACACACACACACACGCACGCACGCACACACACACACACACACACACACACACACACACACACACACACACCACCUCUCAUCAUUGAAACCAUUGCCUAGCUGAUGCACUUUCUCUGCAACGCAAUGGCAGGACUCUUGCUCGCUCUCACGCACAGGCCAUACUUCAUGCGCAUGCUCAUGCACAUGCACGUGCACAUGCACAUGCAAGCAAAGAUGUACAUGGACACAUACAUACUCAACACACACUUGUGCUCUACCAUUCACAUGCUAUUACCAACUAAUCAUGUUUUGUGUAGGUAUUGUAUGUGAAUGCUGCCUGAAAGUAUAUAAAGUGCCUGAAACUGUGUCAUGCUGCUUGUCUGAUGGAAACUGUGCUUCAAAGAAAACAGCGCAAUAAACAUCUGUUUCAUAUAACCCUA